UCAACCCUUCCUUUUGUUUCCCUUCUCUUUUUCAAAGCUCAAAAAUCUCCACUCCCGCGUAGAGCCCCCAUAAGCUUCAGAAUGGAGGACUCCAUAGCUAAAUUCUGCAAAAGCAUGGCCAUUUUCUGUAACAAUCUCCAAAACAGCUGCCACGCCCUCAAAGAGUCCGUCGAUCGUCGCCCCAUACCUCUUGAUUCAGCAUCGACGACCUUUGUGCAAAGCCUGAAUCAAAGAGUAUCUUCACUGAGCAGUGACCUCAAUGUGCUGGACUCCAUGUCUUCUGGAACUGUGUCGUUUGAGGAGUUGUUGGGACAUUGCAAUGAAGUGUUUAAGAAGAACCAAACUGAUCUUCUGUCCCUCCAGGACCGUCUCCAUAGUCUUGGCUACAUUUCUUCUGUCGAUCUUAUUGAUGAAGACAGUGGAGGAGAAGAAGAAGACGCGAAAGUUUGGGAAGAUUUAUCUGCUGACUGCAGCUUAGACUUCAAGAAAAUUGAAGAUGAUCCUUUGCUGGAUGAUUCUCUGAAUUUGCAGAACCUUGGUCUCUCUGAUGUUUGCCUAGCUACCAUAGCAUCUGAAGCUAAUACGAUAUAUGAGAAAGAGGGAUUCUAUCUAUCCACCGAGAAGAAACAGGAUGAUAGUGAUGGGAAAAUGAACGAUGAAUUAAAGUCAUCUGAAGAUACUCAGUCAUUGAUAACUGUGUCCGAAGAUGACUAUGAAAACCUCCCAAAACAUAUGAAGAUUUUAGCUUCAUGGCAGGAAUUAAUUGUUGCUGUUGAGAAGAUGAACUCAUUCCUCCACACGAAAAAUACCAGGCCAUACUCCUUCCAGCAAGCUGAAAUUGCGGAAAUAGGAUUAGGGCAUAAAGCUAGAUCUUAUCUGCUGCUGCUGAUCAGAAUGAGUCGAGUGAUAGUAGAGACAAGUGGUGGUUUGAUUUGUUAUAGAAUCUUAUAGUGUACAAUGAGUGCAGAGAUAAAACCCAUUGACAUUAACAUGUUAGCAAUAUUUAGCGGAAGUGUGUUUUUAAUGGUUUGGUCUUCUUGAGCACAAAAAUGUGAGGGCCUAACAAAAUUUGAUGCCGCAUUUAGUAUUGUAUUAUAAACUCAUUCAUUUGCAUUUUGAAAUGCCAGUGAAUGUUGGUAUUA